UGCUUCUAAAAGAAAGAAGAAGAAGAAGAAGGAGGAGGAGGAAAAAGCAAAACGGCGUUGGACGGCGAAGGUUUUAACGUGGGCAUUAUAGUUCUGUAUUUUUAAUUAGUGCAUACAUGUACACACAUGUGCAGUCUAAUAUAUUAAAACAUGUUAGUAAUUGUAUUCAGAUACAUUAGUCUGAGCGAACUUUGACGCGUCCCAUGCUAGCUUAGCUGCUAGCUAGCUUAGCUUGUUAGCUGCUAACAAAGACAGGCGGAAGUUAUCAACACAUCGCUAAGCAGAGAUCAAGUGUGAGUGUAAAGUGUUGUGAUUGUGUGAAAAUGUGCGAAACAACGAUAGCAGAGUACGAGGAGGAAGUGUGUCCAACAAAAGUGGAGAAGGAGCGACAACAUCAACUACUGGACGCUGUUUUCAAGAAACAUUAAGUUGUGUUACACAGAACAGGCGCCCAGCAGCCCCCCUACUUUAAAGAGGUAGAGGAGGAGCCACAGCCCCCACAUAAUAAAGAGGACAAGGAGGAAGUGUGGAUCAGUCAGGAGGGAGACUGUCUUCUAGGGCAGGAGGAGGCUGAUCUCACCAAGUUUCCAAUGACUGUUGUCUCUGUGAAGACUGAAGACCGUGAAAAUAAACCACCUGAGUCCUCACAGGUUCAUCACGGUCCAAACAUAUGUGAAGAACAUAUUCUCCCUGAGCACCAGAAGUGGAGAUUUAGGAUGGAGCAGGAAGCACCACAGCCCUCCCACGUAAAAUAUGAAGACGAAGCGCCAGAGACCCCUCACAUUAAAAAAGAAGAGGAGGACCCAUUGACCCACCGCCUUAAAAAUGAAGAGGACCCACUUUCUCCCCAUUUUACAGAGGCAGAGGAGAUGCCACAGACCCCUCACCUAAAAAAGGAAGAGGGUGAGCCACAGCCCCCCAACAUCAAAGAGGAAGAAGAGGAACACAGCAUCAGUCAGGAGGGAGAGCAUCUUCAAAGGUUGAAGGAGUUCCCAGUGAUUGGUGUGAUUGUGAAGAGUGAAGAUGAUGAGGUCAAAGGUGAAAAUGAGGAGAAGAGAAAGGUGGAGCCUCCAAGCAGCAGCUCAACUCAACACAUAACAGAGGCUGAUGGAGACCAAUGUGGAGGAUCACAAGCAGACAAGCUCUUAGCUCCACUAUCAGAUAGUGACGACACAACGACACACUCUCCUGACACUGAUGAUGAAGACUUUAAAGCUGAUAAGACAUGUCACACUGGCAACACACGCUUUAAGUGUUCUCACUGUGACAAAAUGUUUAAAUAUCAUUGUCGUCUGAAAAGACACUUGAGAAUACACACUGGAGAAAAAACAUUUUGCUGUUCAAGCUGCACCAAAAGCUUUUCUGACCCAUCAGCACUGAUAAAACACAUGAGAGUACACACUGGAGAAAAGCCUUUUUCCUGCUCAGACUGUGGUAAAGGUUUUUCACAAAAAUUUAGUUUGAAAGUACACAUGCGAAUACACACUGGGAAUAAAACAUUUUCUUGUUCAGUCUGUGGUAAAAGUUUUGUACAAAGUAAUAAUUUAAAAGUACACAUGAGAAUACACACUGGUGAAAAUCCAUUUACCUGUCCAAUCUGCGGUAAAGGUUUUGUAACAAGUCAAAAUUUGAAAUUACAUCUGAGAACACACACUCGAGAAAAACCUUUUACCUGUUCAAUCUGUGGUAAAAGUUAUGCAUCUAGUCAAUAUUUAAGAGUACAUGUGAGAACACACAGUGGAGAAAAAGCUGUUACCUGUCCAAUCUGUGGUAAAGUUUAUGUAACGAGUCAAUAUUUGAAAUUGCACAUGAGAAUACACACUGGUGAAAAACCUGUUACAUGUUCAGUCUGUGGUAAAGACUAUGUAAACAAUCAAAGUUUGAAAGUCCACAUGCGAAUACACACUGGUGAAAAAACACAUUGCUAUUCAAACUGCAAGAAAAGCUUUUGUAACCAAGCAAACUGUGUAGCACAUAUUAAAACACAUACAGGUGAAAAACAAUAUUCCUGUUCAAGCUGCAACAAAAGUUUUUGUGACCGAUCAGCACUGGCAGCACACAUGAGAACACACACUGGCGAGAAAGUGUUUAGUUGCAGUGAGUGUGGUGAAAGAUUCUCUUAUAAGUACCAGUGUAAGAAACACAAGUGUGCUGGUGAGAACAGCAGCAGCAAAUGAAGUAAAAACUUUGGUCAAUUUGAAUUUUUAACAACAUCAGCACAUACAGUAUAACAUGAGUGGCAUCAUUGUGUGUAUAACACCAUCCAUGCAUCCAUUUUUUUUUACUGCUUGUCCCUUUCAAACUUGUUAAUAUCCUUCUAACAAUUAUAAGUGAAAUAUUUUAAAUUGAUUCUUGUUUCACUCAAGUACAUCCUUUAAUAUACAACAUUGUGUAAGUUUUUUUAAUUGAACAAUUUGAAUGCAAAGAUGAGGAAACAGUACACAACUUACUGUAUGUUACAUACAAUAAACAUUUUAUGUGUGUGUGUGUGUGUAUAUAUAUAUAUAUACACAUAAUUCACUUUUGUACUUAUUCCCAAUAAUGUUUUACAGUAUAUAGAUUUCUAAAAUAUUGAAAUGUUAGAUAUUUUCAUGUCUAAUUGUGUUCAUACAUUUGCUUUUGUGUACACAUAAAUCCCUCUUAGUUCAUACUAACUGGUUCUCAUCUGAAACAUCUUCUGGACCACUUCUGGAAGCAUAUUAUUUUUUACUUUAUACAUUAUUUGAGAAGUUUUGUUUUAAACAAGAUCAUUUACUUUUAAUAUGUGAUACUUUACUCUCUCUUGUAAUGUGAAUAUUGUUUUGUGAUUGUUUUACAUGUAUGUCCCCAGACCUUUUAUGUGAUAAGUAAUGUAUGCUUCAAAUAAAGCUGGGUACAAUAAAUG